CUUUUUUAUCGUGCCUGUCGCAUCGAGAAGGCUGAAGGUGAAGCUCUAUUCUCAAAUUGCUAUGGUGUGUCGGUAGACUGUACGUCGUCAAGGCUUCACCGGAGCUGUCGACUUCUGCCGAUCACAGAGAUCUCUAGACUUAGAUGGUCGAGUCUCGAGAGAAAACCCGGUUCGAUUCACAUUUUCAUCUGUCAAUGGCACCAGGUAAAUCCCAUGCCGUGCGUCGAAACUGUUUUCAUGUUGCUCCACGGCCGUCCAGUCAUCAGGAGAGUAAACUGGUCACCUCAUAAGUUCAGGAGUCUUUCGGAUCGACGAGGACGCUUAUAAUACGAUUUCACCAUGUCUGAAUACCGUACUCGCCGGUCAGGCCGCCAACGUAAAGCGAAUCCAAAGUACGCCAAUGAUGGAUGGGAUAAGGAGACUCUUCGCGUCCUCCGGGCUUCAUCCGAGUCAUCAGGCUCGAGUCCAGAUGAGGCUUCUAGACCCGAAGAGUCACAAGAGAAGAUCACAAGAAUCGCUCGUGAUGGCGAAGUUUCCUCAAACGAGGUCGACAACGUCUCCGUUGAUACUCCCGUACUGUCACAAUCUUCAGAUGUGGAAACGCCGGAUGAGGACGAUGAAGACAUGGGCAUGGCCUCCGACGAGGAUGAACCCGAAAAUGGCAGACCUCGACCUCGACCUACACCUCAAGCUCAACGUCGCAUGCCUGGUACCGACGUAGUCAAUGCUACGACACGUUCGCGAGGUCUUGCGCCGAUUCGCGACCGAGGCGCAAAGCACUCAAUAUACUCCUACACGUUCGGCCCUGAUGUGGAGGAUUUGCAGGACGUUUUGCGCGCUCGCGACACCUGGCUCAAGGGACGUGAUGCGACGCUGCCGAGUCGUCUGACCCUAUCUGUCGCCCUGAACCAGUCGGACACAUCUGGACAGCACGGCAGUCAGACAGCAACAGCCGGGCGCAGCAAACACUGUGCGUCGAAUGUCUCUGACUCAUGGAUUGAUUCGGUCCUCAGCCAUCAGAUCCUCACGCAGCCCCAAGACCUGGAACUCUAUGAAAAGUACUUUCUUCGCCAUAAGCCGUCUCAUUCAGUCGUCCUGGGACCUUUUGACAGACAACAACAGUACACUCUGGACUACUGUUCCCCGUUGGACUUCGGUUGGGCGUGGCCCAAGUCUGGAGGCUCUGCUGAUGACCAAGCCUCUUACUCGGGCGAACGGUAUCAUCAAGGUUGGCUGAUCAACGUCGGCGAGAGAGUUAAUUGUCUCACAUGGGCUCCUCAACACGAAGGAGUCCAGUACUUAGCCGUGGCAACGAGAUGCACCUCAGCCCAGCGACAUCUUGCCGCUGGAAAGGAGGACCUCCGGCCAGCGUUUCAUCCAUCACCACUAUUCCCAUCCGCCAUCCAGAUAUGGGCUUUUUCAACCAAAGAAACCGACAUUCCAGGUGUACGGACCUUUGCGAUGAACCUCAAGCCUAAGCUGGUUAUGGUGGUAUGUACGGAAUGGGGCAACAUUCGCGCCGUGAAGUGGUGCCCUCUCGACCAUCCGCCAACUCAAAAUUCCACCUCCGAUUCAAAAUCAACACCCUUAGGCUUGCUAGGUAUUCUCUCGGCCGAUGGUUGUGCUCACAUCCUCGGCAUCCCUUGCCCACCCAACCAGUCCAGCUCAUCCCCUACCGCCUUCAAAGCCGAGCGUGCAGGCUUGUGCAUGCGGCCACCGAACGAUACAGUCUUUACUAGCCUCACAUUCGCAACCUCCAGCGACCUCAUUCUUGGGGCGGCCGACGGCUCCAUCCACCUCUUUGACUUGACCGAUGCCUCCAAUUACACCCAACCGCACAGCUACAUGACACACCAACUGCACAACACCUACGUAACCUCUCUUUGCACGGCCGACCCUGUCUCCAUAACCCCUUUGAUUGCCAGCAUGUCAGCGAACGGGGACCUAGCACUCACCGACCUCCGGAGCCCCACGCAGGACAAAAUCUCCAUCAAUCACGCCUGCUUGCCCACCCGGGACAUCUACUACGCGCCAUUUACGCGCAGCUUCAUCAUCGGCCUCGACCGCGUGGGAAGCACACACCUCGACGCCCAAUCAGCCACAUACCUCGUAUGCCACCACCUGCGCCAGUUCCACAUGGGUCUUCGCGUGGCAAAGCUACCCGACCACACGGGCGCGGCUACCGCGUUGGCCGGCUCACAUCACCACCCGUGCAUACUGGUGGGCAAUGCAAAAGGGCAAGUCCACUCGACGAAUUACCUGCGCAAGGUCCUGCCGUACCGGCGCGCUGAUCAUAGCAAAGCCCUCGGCGCCUACCUCCAGAAGAUCUGUGAGUAUGAUUGGCGGCCUUUCAGCGUGCAGGAAAGAGCAGAGCAGGGCCUCCCAGAGCCUGAGUCAGAGAAGAUAGAUUUAUUCCACGGCCACGACAGUCGACCGGGCGUUUCGCGCUUCCAUGAAGGGUUCAAGCCCGAAAAGAUACAGGUCGGGAACAUGCCGGAGACGAAGAAGAAGGCGCAGAAGAAAGAUGCAGGUGCUGGGGAGCCCAUCUUUGAGGAAGAGCAUGCAGUCACGGCGCUGGAGUGGAAUCCAAAUCCUUCUUGCGCAGGCAUUGCGGCUAUGGGUUGGGGCAGUGGGAUCGUCCGGGUCCAGGACCUAGCUCAUGAUAUGGAGUGAACGCUAAAGUAAAGGCACACUGCGAAACUGAUUUUUAACGAAGCAUCCUUAGGGCGAUCGCCUAGAAUUGUAACCAUCGUACGGGAUUUGGUGCUCCUAUCAAGGUGGUAUCAUUUGUCUACCAAGGAAACAGGGGCGCAUCUGUUGGUUCACGAUACCACCGAGGAGAAUUGAGCCUGCAUGCAUCUGGCCUUUGGACAGCAACGAUAUCAUCAUUCGAUAUUACCUCGUACUCUUUCUGCUAUCAUAUCACCGCUUGUCCAGGACAUUUUUGCUGCCCAUCCUGAAUCCUUAGAGUACAUUGUUCGGAUGCAAUGAGACAUGCUUG